UAAAACCGAAUGGGGGCAAAGUAAACCGCCUUCGCAAAAUUGGAAAAUAGCAAAAGCUCUCACAAAAACUGAAAACCUCAACAACUUCUCAAAUCCCUUCUUCUCUCCAAAUUCAACUCAGAAAAUCCAUCUACAGUGAUCGGAGGAGAUUGCCGCGCCUUCAAUUUCGCACCAAGACAGAGAGAGAGAGAGAAAGAAAAGCUAGAAAAAAUAGGGAAGAACAAGAGAAAGAGAAUGGGCCCACCAGGUUCAUCCGGGAAGGAGGCGGGGCAGAAGCGGCACAAGAAAGAGAAGGUGGUUGUGUCGGAGGCCACCCGCAUUCGCGUCGCGGAGAUUCUGGAGAAGUUUCGGAGUUCAGAUGAUGAGGUAUACAAAUUUGAAGAUAACCUCAACAAUCAGGAGCGGGCGGCAGUGCACGUUAUGAGCAGGAAAAUGGGGUUCAAGUCAAAGAGCAACGGGAAAGGCCAGGAUCGUCGCAUUUGUAUCUAUAAGUUAAAGAAGGAACUAGGCAUUAUGAAAGGGAGAGAGAACAUUGCUUCUUUCAGAUUUUCAGGGGAUUCGCAGGCUGCUUUACAGGACUUGUUUUCUCGGUAUCCCCCUAAUGAUGUGGAUAUGACUGGGAAUAAGGUCGAAGUAAGUAGUGGACACAACGAUGGUGGGGGAGUAAAGAGAGAUGACUUUUUCUUGAAACCUGUGAUGAAUCCAUCUGAAAUUGCAAACAAGGUGGAAUCACUUGCUUCCCGAAUUGAGAAGGAGACGAGCUUGAAACAGCUUGCAGAGAACAGGUCCAAGCUUCCGAUUGCAUCUUUCAAGGAUGAUAUCACAUCUACAGUGAAAUCGAACCAGGUUGUGCUCGUCUGUGGUGAAACUGGAUGUGGCAAAACAACACAGGUCCCUCAGUUUCUCCUCGACCAUGCAUGGAGUAAAGGACAGACAUGUAAAAUUGUUUGUACUCAGCCAAGGCGAAUCUCUGCCACGUCAGUCGCUGAAAGAAUUGCUUCUGAAAGAGGUGAAAGUAUCGGCGAUUCUAUUGGAUACAAGAUUCGGAUGGAAACCAAAGGUGGAAGGAAUUCGUCUCUUGUGUUCUGCACCAAUGGGGUUCUGCUGAGGGUUCUAGUCAGUAAAGGAAAAAGCAGAUCGAAAAAAACAAAGAGUGCUUUGGCUAAUUUAACCCACAUAAUUGUGGAUGAAAUUCAUGAAAGGGAUCGCUUCUCCGAUUUCAUGCUUGCAAUACUCAGAGACAUGCUUCCUUUACAUCCUCACCUGCGCCUGGUAUUGAUGAGUGCCACCAUUGAUGCAGACCGGUUUUCAAAGUACUUUGGUGGCUGCCCAGUUGUUCGUGUACCGGGUUUUACGUAUCCCGUAAAAACUUUCUACUUGGAGGACGUACUAGCACUAGUGAGAUCGACUGAAAACAAUCACGUUACAUGCACGAAUGAGAGCAAGGCAGUCAAGGACUCUCCAUUAACUGAGGAAUGCCGGAUCGCUCUCGACGAGGCUAUUGACUCAGCUUUAUCGAAUGAUGAGUUUGAUCUCGAGUCGCUAUCUUCUCAAGUAGAUUCAAGGAUUUUCAAUUACCAGCACUCGAAAACUGGAGUAACCCCCUUGAUGGUGUUAGCCGGACAAGGAAGAGUUAGCUAUGUUUGCACGCUUCUCUCGUUUGGUGUGGACUGCCAUUUGCGGUGUAAUGCAGGGAAGACUGCUUUCGACUACGCUGAACAAGGUAAUCAGGUGGAAGCUGCUGAAAUUAUCAAAAAACAUAUGGGGAAAGCAUUUACGCACUCGGAGCAGGAGCAGAAGUUACUUGAUAAAUACUUAUCAAACGCUGACCCUGAGCUUAUCGAUUGUCUGCUUAUCGAACAACUUCUGAGGAGAAUCUGUAGUGACUCGACGGAUGGAGCUGUUCUCGUCUUUCUUCCGGGUUGGGAUGAUAUAAACAGAACGAGAGACAAGUUGCUAUCGAGCCCUUAUUUUAAAGAUCCAUCGAAAUUUCUCGUUAUUGCUCUUCAUUCUAUGGUUCCAUUGGUCGAGCAAAAGAAAGUCUUCAAACGUCCGCCUCCUGGAUGCCGCAAGAUCGUUCUUUCUACUAAUAUCGCCGAGACUUCUGUCACCAUCGAUGAUGUUGUUUAUGUCAUAGACAGCGGGCGGAUGAAAGAGAAAAGUUACGACCCUUAUAACAAUGUGUCAACUCUUCAUUCUUCUUGGGUGUCGAAGGCGAGCGCUAAGCAGAGAGAGGGCCGCGCGGGGCGUUGUCAAGCUGGUAUUUGUUAUCAUCUUUAUUCGAAAUUUCGGGCUGCUUCUCUGCCGGAUUUCCAAGUUCCCGAGAUAAAGAGGAUGCCGAUAGAAGAGCUGUGCCUGCAGGUGAAGCUUAUGGACCCAUCUUGCAAAAUCGAAGAAUUUUUGCAGAAGACGUUGGAUCCGCCCGUUUAUGAGACGAUACGGAAUGCAAUAAUGGUUCUUCAGGAUGUCGGGGCGUUGACUCUAGAAGAGCAACUCACGGAACUCGGGGAGAAACUCGGAGCUCUACCCGUCCACCCUCUGACCAGCAAAAUGUUAUUUUUCGCGAUACUGUUGAAUUGCCUCGACCCAGCAUUGACUUUAGCUUGCGCUUCGGACUACAAAGACCCCUUCAUUUUGCCGAUGCUUCCUACCGAAAAGAAGAAAGCUCAAGCGGCUAGAUUAGAGCUGGCCUCGCUCUAUGGUGGCAAUGGCGAUCAGUUAGCUAUAAUCGCCGCUUUCGACUGCUGGAAAAUGGCGAAGGAAAAGGGUGACCAAGCGAGGUUUUGUGCUCAGUACUUCGUAUCCGCACCGACUAUGAGGAUGAUUUCGAGCAUGCGGAAGCAACUCGAAGGCGAACUACUUCGGCACGGUUUUAUUCCGGAAGAUGCCUCUCGUUGUAGCCUCAACGCACGUGACCCCGGUAUACUCCAUGCUGUAGUUUUCUCCGGUCUAUAUCCGAUGGUCGGGAGAGUCAUUCCGCAAGGUAAUAGGUCUCUUGUCGAAACUGCCGGUGGAAAUAAGGUAAGGUUGCACCAGUUUUCGACCAACGCUAAGCUCUCUUCGAAGAAAUCGAGUAUUCCUCCUUUGAUCAUGUUUGACGAGAUAACCCGUGGAGACGGCGGAAUGCAUAUCAGGAACUGUAGCGUUGUAGGUUCGCUCCCCUUGCUGUUGUUAGCCACGGAGAUCGUCGUGGCCCCGACCGAUGAAGAUGACGAGGAGGAUGAAGAGAGUGAUGCCGAGGAACCUGAUGCCGAUAAUGAUAGCGACGAGGAGGAUAAAGUAGAGCCUCAAAGGUCGUCGAAAUCCAACGGCGAGAAGAUCUUGUCAUCGCCGGAGAAUGCCGUUAAAGUUUUCGUCGAUCGAUGGCUACCGUUUCAGUCCACAGCUCUUGAUGUUGCUCAGGUAUACUGCUUGAGGGAGAGACUGUCUUCAGCAAUCUUGUUCAAGGUAACGCAUCCGAGGAGAAAUCUACCGGAACAUCUCGGAGCCUCGCUGUAUGCAAUCGCCUGUAUCCUCUCCUACGACGGGAUGUCCGGGAUCUCGUUGCCACCGGAACCUGUCGAUGCUCUCGCCACGAUGGUCGGUGCCGCCGACAUCGGCCAUGCUAAUCGCGGUAAGAAGACGGCGAUCAACCGGCCCUCCACGACCUAUCUGAGGUCGCUUCUGUACCACGACAGCAAUCGGAACCACCAGCAUUCGUCUCAUAACCAGAGCCACACGUCGCACCAUCACGCAGUUGGCCCUCAGAAGCAUGUGCCGGAGGCGCGGCCCCCACAAGUGAUGACGAACGUUGCGAAGGGGAACUUCUCCAAGCGGCAGCGUGGCAACGUAAUGAACCUUAGGUGAUGGAUGUUAGACGCUUUUUGUCCGAUUGUUUCCCGGCUUCACGGCUAUUUUCGUGCUGCCCUAACCGGAGAGCUGACUCUCCGGCCCAGGUGGCCGUUGCUCGACCACAGAUGUUUGCCGUUGAUGACGACGUUGCGACGCCAUCACAGGCAUCUUAGGUUCUCAUAUAUGAUGCUUUUGUUAUAUUUAAAAUGCUGUUGUGAUUGCCUGCCUUGGCUGUUGUUGGAACUAAUGCAAAAUAUUUAAUAUAUAUGCUAAAAUGUAGCCUAAUUUGUUUAUAAUACUAGUACAAUGGUACGUGCAAUUCAUGUAAAAUUAUUGAAUUUUAUACUUACAUAUAUACAAAUAAAUCUUAUCACAA